UGUCAGGAAAGAAAAAACCGCUAUGUAGCUAAACUGCUUAUGGAAAGACAAGCAACAUGGUAGCGACUAUCGUUAUUUGUUAAUAUGAUUUUCAACCUCAGUGCGGUAUAGCAUAAAACCGACGUGAAGAUGAAAGUGAGAUAACUAACGUAUAUCUGUCGUUAACAUUAGAAAUGGAGAAGCAGCCGCGUCUGUUGUGUUCCGUGCUCUGUGUUCAGCGCAGACCUUAUGAGGUCAUAUUAAAUUGCGCGAUUCUUGCUUGGAAAGAGACACAGACCAACAAAAAACAAGCCGGGCGCGCAAUAUAUGGAGCUGUCAAAGCUGGUAGUCAUUGUGUUCCAGUGUGUGAGAUCAUAGCUGUUCAAGAAAAUGAUGAUGACUGUCCCAGUAAGUACAGUGGGAAAUGGCAGAAAGUUCCUCAGAGUCCAGUGGACUCCCAACAGCACGCUUUCACAGUUACAUAUGUGGAGAGGACGAGGCAGCACUGCUGGCGGUGCAGCGACGUGACUUUUCACUGCCCUGAGCGGGCCCUGUGUUUGCUCUGGGUCGAAACUAUUAAAGAACAACUUGCAUUGUUAACCAAUCGACCGAAGCACUUGCUGGUGUACAUUAACCCCUAUGGAGGAAAACAACGCGGGAAGCAGAUUUACGACCACAAAGUGGCCCCCAUCUUUUCCCGGGCUUCUAUUUCCACCAACGUGAUUGUUACAGAGCAUGCAAAUCAUGCCAAGGACCACUUGAAGACAGAGGCUGAUCUAAAGAAGUAUGACGGUGUGGUGUGUGUCGGGGGAGAUGGCAUGUUCAGUGAGAUCAUGCAUGGCCUUGUGUCUCGUACGCAGUGUGACAAAGGUGUCGAUGAGAACUCCAUGGAGGAGACGUUUGUUCCAUGUGGACUUCGCAUUGGCAUCAUUCCAGCAGGUUCGACUGAUUGUGUAUGCUAUGCCACCGUGGGCUCAAAUGACCCCGUCACCUCAGCACUGCACAUCGUUGUGGGUGAUUCUCAGCCAAUGGACAUUUGUUCGGUGCACAAUAACGACACCUUUCUGCGUUACUCUGUGUCGCUGCUGGGCUAUGGUUUCUACGGAGACGUGCUGACAGACAGCGAAAGAAAGCGCUGGAUGGGGCCAGCCCGCUACGAUAUCUCAGGUAUUAAAACAUUUCUGUCACAUCGCUACUACGAGGGAACUGUGUCAUUUCUACCUGCUGAAGGGAAUUUGGGAACUCCCAGAGAUAAAAUCCAGUGCCGAUCUGGGUGUAGUGUCUGUCGGCAAUCCUCGUCUGACAAACUGGUGAGCAAUGAUGAAGACAAUGUUCCUGAUGCUGAGCGUCAGGGCAAAUGGACAGUAAUAAGAGGGAAGUUUCUGGCCAUCAACGCAGCCAGCAUGAGUUGCGCAUGUCCUCGCAGUCCCAAAGGCCUGUCGCCAUCGGCACACCUCGCAGACGGAACCACUGACCUCAUCCUUGUCAGGAAAUGCUCGCGCUUAGACUUCCUGCGACAUCUUCUGCGACACACCAAUAAAGAUGACCAGUUUGAUCACUCUUUUGUGGAGGUAUACCGGGUGAAACAGUUUCACUUUACACCCCGAUAUGAGGAGUGUGAUUCUGAGAUGGAUCUGAGAGAGAGUGGUGCUGGAGGCAAGCGUUUCCUCAGUCAGAUCUGCAGGGAACACCGAGCCUGCGGCUGCAUGCCAGCCCAGAGUAACUGGAACUGUGAUGGAGAAAUCCUGCCUCACUCUGCCAUUCAAGUCAGGGUCCAUUGUCAGCUGAUUACACUCUUUGCGAGAGGUAUCGAAGAGCAUUCAGUGUUUGAGGAUCCGUACGCUCACUGUGCAAUAUAGAUCGCCGUGACUUCACCCGAGAAACCUCCUGCUGAAUUGUGAAGAAUCGAGGCUCUAAACCGAAAAGUCCUUUUCAGCUGAGCAUAAUGUCACGCUGUUUCUUGUGCUGUUAUACUUAGAUCCUCUAUACAAAGCAUCUUCAGUAAAAGAACUUCCUGCAGAGCUAGAGAGAAUAGCGUCUUUAUGGUGUCUUCAUGCUGGCUGUAAAGCAGUAUUAGAUCUAGAAAUAAUAGGGUUAGCUGAAUUACCUGCAGUAGGCAUUACUAUCGCUCUGCUGGUUAUAUAUCCUGCUGUGCAACAAAUGUCUUCCACCAAUCAAGCUGGUCUUGAGAGUAGGAUUAGUUCAGUCCAAACUCAAAAAAAUCAUUCUUAUAAACAUUCCUUCUGGUAGCACCUUAAAGGGAUAGUUCGGCCAAAAAUGAUAUUAAACCCAUGAUUUACUCACCCCCAAGCUGUCCGAGAUGCAUAUGUCCAUCGUUUUUCAGACAAACACAUUUACAGUUAUUUUAGAAAAUGUUUAAGAUCUUUCAGUUGAUUAAAUGUGAAGUUACGGGGUCCUUCAAGUCCAAAAAAUGUGCAUCCAUCCUUCACAAAAUAAAUCCAAACGGCUCCAGGAUGAUAAACAAAGGUCUACUGAGGGUAAUCCGCGCGGUGCUGUUGUACAAAUAUCCAUAUUUAAAACUUUAUAAACGAAGAUAAAUACCUUCCGGUAGCGCCGCCAUCUUAGACUCCUCUGUAUUCAGGAGAGAGUAUUAGCGUAGUGUACGCACUUUUCUUAGUGACGUAUGACAAAUUCUGAGGGCGGGGGCACAGAGCAGCAGCAGAGUAACCUCCGUAAGCUGCGUAAAGCUCUGAUCUUGAAUGCGGACGCGACUAAGAUGACGGCAUUACCGGAUGCGAGUUAUUUUCGUUCAUAAAGUUUUAAAUGUGGAUAUUUCUACAACAACACCACAUGGAUUACCCUCAGAAGGCUUUUGUUUAUCAUCGUGGAGCAGUUUGGAUUUAUUUUGUGAAGGAUGGAUGCACAUUUUUUGGACUUUAAGGUCGUGGACCCCAUAACUUCACAUUUGAUUAACUGAAAGAUCUAAAACAUUUUCUAAAAUAACUGAAAAUGUGUUCGUCUAAAAAAUGAUGGACAUCUGCAUCUCGGACGGCUUCGGGGUGAGUAAAUCAUGGGUUUAAUAUCAUUUUUGGCCGAACUAUCCCUUUAAUAUUUUUCUGGUUUUAGUUUAGUUGAAAGGUUUGUUUUCUUGAAAAUAUAAAAUUCUCAUUUUUUUACCCUCUUGUUAUUCCAAACCAGUAUGACUGGCUUUGAUUUGCUUGUCCCGAUAUAAAAAAGGUUAAUGAGGACACAUGUGGUUGGGCUCACUAGCAAACAUUUAAAGUGGAUAAAACCCUACCAUAAAGUUCUUUUCUUUGAUGGACUUUUUUGAUUCACUUCAAAUGUUGACUAGUGUAGAUAAAAAACAUAAAAAAUAAAAAUAAAAUACCUGUUGACUUGUGUGUUCUAUUACAAGUCUUCUGAAACCAUGCAUUAUUAUAUGGAAAAGAGUAGCAUUGACAUUUAAAGGAAAACACCAGUUUUUCAAUAUUUUUAUAUGUUCUUACCUUAAAUUAGACAAAUUAAUACAUACCUAUCUUUCUUCAAUGUGUACACUUAAUCUUUGUACAGCACGUUGUGAAUGUGUUAGCAUUUAGCCUAGCCCCAUUCAUUGCUUAGGAUCCAAACAGGGAUCAAUUUAAAAGCCACCGAACACUUUCAUGUUUUUUUCCUAUUUAAAGACUGUUACAUGAGUAGUUACAAAAGUAUGGUGGCACAAAAUAAAAAGUGACGAUUUUUUAAGCGGAUAAAAAAUUAGAACUAUAGUGUAUGGCGGAAGUUUGCAGCACUUUGACUUUGGGUGCAGUAAUAUUGAUGAAAGUUUGAUCAAGAGGGGGAGUAGUCAGGAGUAAUGAUGUUACUGCACGCCGAGGUCGAAGUGCUGCAAACUAAGUGCUCUUCUUAUUUUGCGCCACCGUACUUACUUGUGUAACUACUCAUGUAACAGUCUUUAAAUAGGAAAAACAUGGAAGUGUUUGGUGUCUUCUAAAUUCAUCCCUGUUUGGAUCCAAAGGAAUGAAUGGGGCUAGGCUAAAUGCUAACACAUUCACGACGCGCUGUACAAAGAUAUGUAAAAAGAUAGGUAUUAAUUCAUCUCAGUUGAGGUAAGAACAUAGUAAAAUAUUGAAAGACGGUGGUGUUUUCCUUUAAGAACAACAUGAGGGUGAUUAAAUGACAGAAUUUCUCUCUCUUUUUUUUAAAGGUUGGCAUGAAUUAGCAUCCAUCAUGUAGACACAGUAGCCUACUUUAAUUCUCAUUUACCAAUGAUAAAUAACAGCCGCUGAUUUAUUACUUUAUGAAAAUUUUUUACUAUUAAAGUGCCGCUUUCAAAACAUAUCAAUCUGAUUCAAAAACACACAGACCUAGAGAAACAAUGUAUUUUUACGUGGUCCUGAACAUUUCAAGCAUCCGAAUGUACUGUAGCAUGUAAACCAAAAUACAAUCAAUAUACAAUGUCAGUUCCGGUUUAAUGUGUCUGUAUAGCUGUUUGAAGUUAUCAGACAGAAUGUACAUGAAAAUACUGUAGCAAAUAUUUCCUUGUAAUGACUUUCUUUUUGCCUUCAUUGAUGAUGUCUUAUUUCUUUGAAGGUUCUUAUUGUAUGAAAGGAUAGAAUGAGUGAAAAGCAAAGAGAAAUGGCUUUUCGCUUUUUUGCAUGUCAGCUGUUUUAUUAUUCCAUUCCUUAAGUGUUGCCCUAAACGGUGCCAGAUAAUGAAGGCAUGGAUUUCCCAUGAUGCAGAUGCAUCUGUGCUGCAUACACAACUUCUGUAGCCAUAUUGCAUGCAAAGCACUGUUUUAGAGCUCCCAAAACUGACAGAACUUUGGCUUGUUGUUGUUGUGUGAUCUGUAUUUGUGUUAGGUGUACUAUUAGCCUCGUGACAAAACUUGUGUAGUUUUAUAACUUAUGAAACCCGUAACAUGCUGUGUAUGCACUGUGACACCAGCUGUCCUACUGAUCCAAAGAUAUAAUAACAACCCAUUUAAAAAACUUACUGUAGCCAUAUGUUUGGUUUGUAUCACCACAGGUUAUCUGGUUAUUGUGCAUGUUUAAGUGGUUUCACCAUGUGUUCAUUUUUGUGCUGGGCGUUCUUCGUAAUGAGUCACUUUAUGCUGGCAGCUUCUUAAAUGAAGAUGCGUUGACUGAAAUCAUCAUCUUAAAAAUCACUCAUCUUGCAGGUUUCAAGAUGUACUUGUUAAUUUGAUUGUAAUGAAAAGAAAGCCCCUGAAUAAAGUCUAUAUUGUGCUUAA